CUGAUACAUUUUUAACUAGAUUUCUAAUUUUAUUAGUCUUUUAGAGGAGUAAGAACUAUUUUGAUAACAACACAUUUUAUGGAAGAAGCUGAUGUCCUUGGUGACAGGAUUGCAAUCAUGGACCAUGGACAAGUAAAAUGUUAUGGCUCUACAUUAUUUUUAAAAAAAGCUUAUGGUAGGAAUAAAAUGAAUCAAUCAAAGCAUUAUAAAAUAAUCCAUACAUUUCAUAAAAAUUAUCAGGUACUGGUUAUAAUUUGACAAUUGUAAAAGAAGAACCAUGCGAUGAAUCUAAAAUUAUAGAAGCAAUUAAAAACAUUAUACCAGAAGCAGAAGUUCAAAGCUCAUUGACUGCUCAAGUUGUCAUUAAUUUACCUAAUGAAAAUACUGAUCAAUUUCCAGAAUUAUUUGAAAUAUUAGAACGUAAUAGAGAAACAUUUUCCAUAAAAGGAAUGGGUUUAUCUUGUACAACAAUGGAAGAAGUUUUUCUAAAAGCUGAAAAAAAUUUACCACAUAGUGAAGAUGAUAUUAUAGUUCAUAGUUCAGUCAUAACUGAAGUUGAUGGAGAUGAACCAGAAGAAACAUUUAAUAAUGAUAUCACACAAAAAUAUACAAGUAAAACAAGUUUAAUGAAAAAUCGGUUGAAAGUAUUGUUGGGAAAAAAAGCAAUUUAUACAUACAGAAGAUGGAUUCCAUCAUUAUUUUUUGUAAGUUAUAAAUAUAUUUUCUAUUGGUACUGGUUUGUUAUUGGCCACCGCCAAGGAGUUGGACCAAUACUGUUGGGCUUGUUAACUAUGAAAUUAACAAAUAAUUCAAUCGGUGAAUCCAUUGUCUCUAAAGGUUUAAAAAUAUCGUUAAGCACCUACAAAGAUAGCAGUGUAUAUUACCGUGCUGGAGAUAAUUCUCCUGAAAAUUUGGAGCCAACAUUUGUAACCAUUUCUAAAAAAAAUAAAGCUAUUGUCAAUGAAGUAUCAUCAGAAAACAGAUCUUUUAGAGGAGUAAGAACUAUUUUGAUAACAACACAUUUUAUGGAAGAAGCUGAUGUCCUUGGUGACAGGAUUGCAAUCAUGGACCAUGGACAAGUAAAAUGUUAUGGCUCUACAUUAUUUUUAAAAAAAGCUUAUGGUACUGGUUAUAAUUUGACAAUUGUAAAAGAAGAACCAUGCGAUGAAUCUAAAAUUAUAGAAGCAAUUAAAAACAUUAUACCAGAAGCAGAAGUUCAAAGCUCAUUGACUGCUCAAGUUGUCAUUAAUUUACCUAAUGAAAAUACUGAUCAAUUUCCAGAAUUAUUUGAAAUAUUAGAACGUAAUAGAGAAACAUUUUCCAUAAAAGGAAUGGAUUUAUUAAAAAUGUGCAAAAAAGACGUAUUAAAUUACAGAACAAAUCUUAUGAUUGCUGGUGACUUUAACAAAACAAAUUCAACCAUCUUUUACAAUAGCAUAGCUAUUCAUACUCCAGCAAUUGGAGUAAAUCUUUAUUCUAAUGCACUAUUACAAAAGUUGUCCGGAAAUGAUGAAUCAUAUAUUUCAACUGUUAAUGAACCAAUAAAAAUGAGUAGUGCAAAAAAAUGUGAUGAGGGACUUGGUUCUUCGUUAGUAUUUCUUUGGAUGACUACUUUUACGCCUGGUUUACUGUAUUUAAUAGGAUAUUUUAUAGCGUUACCAUUAAAUGAAAGAGUAAGUGGAAUCAAACAAUUACAAAUGAUGACUAAACUUUCACCAAUCAUGUAUUGGGUUACUUGCUUCAUUUGGGACUAUUUUUGUUACAUAGUUGUGGUUUUAUUAACCAUGGCCAUUAUGUAUUUAACGGAUAUAAAUGACAUAUUUACUGGUUUAAAUGAAGUUGGUGGUCUAUUAACAUUAUUAUUCAUUUAUGGGUGGAGUGCAAUUCUCUAUGCAUAUGUUUAUAGCUAUUUAACAAAUACACUUGUCAGCGCCAUGUUAUUGUAUAUUGCAGUUAAUUAUAUUUUAGGAAUGUUUAUAAAUAUUAUCUUAAUUCUAAUAAGCGACGCUAUAAGAAAGAGAAAUAAAAUAAAUUACUUCAACACAAUGAAUAUAAUAAAGUUAAUAAUUUUAAUUAUUCCACAUUUUUCAUUUCCAUUGUGUUUAUCGGGAUUUAUAAAAAUAACAUGGGAAAACAACAUGUGUAAAAUAUGUAAAUCACCUAAAAUGAUUGAAGUGUGUAAAGCUAUUGGUUCUAAACGUAAAAGUUAUUUUGUUUUCAAAUCUGAUGAAGAUCCUAAUGGCAUACUAGAAGAAACUUUAUUUUUAUUACUUAGUAGCAUACUCUACAUAUCCGUUAUACUGUUAUUUGAUUUUAAAAUAUUUCAUCGGUUAUAUCAGUAUGUAUUUAACAAAAUCUAUGGCACUGGUGUUAGUUAUAGAGAUGUUAAUGAAGAUCCAGAUGUUAGUAGUGAAAGAGACAAAGUUAAUGCAGCUAAGACUCAUUCAAAUAGUGCUUCAUCACCAUUAUUGGUGGUUGAUGACAUAGUUAAAAAGUUUAGCUUUAAUUUCACCGGUGUUAGGGGUAUAAGUUUUGCUGUUUACCCUGGUGAAUGUUUUGGCUUACUCGGUGUGAAUGGCGCAGGUAAAACAACUACAUUCCGAAUUUUAACUGGAGAUAUAUUUCCUUCAAAAGGUGACGCUUCUAUUCUUACUGAUAAGUUGUACAAACUCAGCUCUGACAUAAAUCAGUAUGUUUCUUUGAUUGGUUAUUGCCCUCAAUUCGAUGCGAUAAAUGAUCAACUUACUGCAAGAGAAACUUUAAAACUAAUGGCAAUUUUGAGAGGAAUUUCGCCAGAAAACGCCAAAAACCAUGUAGAUAAAUGGAUUAGACUUUUAGGUCUUGAAGAACAUAAAGAUCGAAUCUGUGGGACAUAUAGUGGUGGUAAUAAGAGAAAAUUAAACACUGCAAUGGCAUUAAUUGGAGAUCCUCCUGUCGUGUUUUUGGAUGAGCCCACUAGUGGAGUAGACCCCGUGGCAAGGCAUAAUUUAUGGCAAGUAUUAGCUGCUAGUCAAAGAGGUGGACAAGCUAUUGUACUUACGUCGCAUAGUAUGGAUGAAUGUGAAGCACUUUGCAACCGUUUGACAAUAAUGGUGGGCGGUUUAUUAAAAUGUAUUGGUAAUAUACAAUAUUUGAAAAAUCGUUAUGGACAAGGAUUUACAAUAAUGGUAAAACUACGGAAUAUUGAAAAUUUCAAUGUUUCAGAACUAAAAACUGAUAUAGAAAGUCAGUUUGCUCCAGACAUCAGUUUAAAAGAUGAACAUACGGGUUUAUUGCAUUAUCACAUUACUAAUCCAAAUAUACUAUUGUCUGAGAUAUUUCGUAAAAUGAAAGAAACUAAAGAAAAUUAUACCGUAAUUGAAGACUUUACUGUUAGUGAUACAACCCUUGAACAAGUAUUCAUCGCAUUUGCGAAGAAACAGGCUGUUUUAAAUACAACAACAUAAGACUUUGUUUAUAUUACUUUUGCAUAAUAUAAAAUCACUAUUCAAUUUACAUUGUGUGCUUCUCUUAUUAUUAUUGUUA